AUUAGUAAGAGUAAUUUGGAUUUCAGCCUGAAGUAGCGAGUUGACACACCGUUAAGGCAGCUAUAUGUUAUCAACAGCACUAUUUGGGUUUUAAUUAAAUCCCCUUUGUUGGUCUGUAUCGUGCACGCGGAUUAUGAGCGCGUGGGGCGGAGGAGCUCCAACCCGCGGCAGCUGCUGAGCCAGUGUGAGUCAUCUAUAUGGGCCAUCUUCUCUCAACAAAUGGCCUCCGCUUGAAGAAGAGACCGCAGACACUGCGCAAGAAGAAGAAGAGGAGGAGCUGUUUUUUUCGGGGCCCGUGCAUGCUCUGCUUCUUCAUCCGUGGCAGCAGCAGUGACGGCUUCGAGGCUGAGUGUCAUUCCGACUCCAGACUGGCCAAGUUGAGCUCGCCUGAGGACUGUGCCAAAUUCCUCCUGUCGCCUGCCGAGUUGGCAGUGUGGGAGUGCCAGGGCCGGAGCCUGCUCUCCUCCGUGCCAGCCAGGCUCAUUGGACCACCAGCACUCUUCUGCACCGACUACUCAGAGAUGGUGUGUAAGCGUAAGAGUGGCGAGCCACAGCCGUUGGCUCCAUGCAAGCAGCCGCGCUGCACUUCCCAGGAGACAACAGAGAGUGAAGAGGACGAGAAGAAUGCCAGCCAGUCGCUACUGCCCCAGCUUUGCCCACUGCCUUCCUCUUCCUCAUCUUCCUUCUCAGAGGAGCAAGACAGCUCAGUAGUGGGGCUUCAGGUGGACUCAGGGCAUAACCUAAGCAAUGACAAGACCCCAGAUAUCUCCUGUUCCUCUUCCUCCUCUUGUCUUCUCACCCUUAGUAGUGCGGCAGAGGACGGCAAGAGUGCUGAGAUCACAGACACGUCCCGAAUCAACCAUCUACCCUCUUCCAUACUACUCAAGGUUUUCUCUCACUUGUCAGUGAAGGAGCGUUGUCUUAGUGCCUCCCUGGUCUGCAAGUAUUGGCGUGACCUCUGCUUAGACUUCCAAUUCUGGAAGCAAAUUGAUCUCAGCGGCCUGAGACAAGUAAGAGAUGACCUCCUGGUUAAGAUUGCCUCCUGGAAACAAAACGUGACGGAACUGAACAUCUCAGACUGCCGGAACGUUGAGGACUACGGUGUAUGCACUUUAGCCUCUCAGUGUCCUGGUCUGCUAAAAUACACAGCCUACCGUUGCAAGCAGCUCAGUGAUGCGUCUCUCUGUGCUGUGGCCUGGCACUGCCCACUGCUGCAGAAAGUGCAUGUGGGAAACCAGGACAAACUGAGUGACCAUGCCCUCAAACAGUUGGGUGAACACUGCCCAGAGCUGAAGGACAUACAUUUUGGGCAGUGCUACAAUGUCAGUGAUGAGGGCCUGAUAGCGCUGGCGAGGGGUUGCCCCAAACUGCAGAGGAUCUACAUGCAAGAAAACAAACUGGUGACUGACAGAUCAGUGCAGGCGUUUGCAGAACACUGUCCAGAGCUGCAGUUUGUGGGCUUCAUGGGCUGCUCGGUCACCUCACAGGGAGUCAUACACCUCACCAGGCUGCGAAACCUGAGCAGUCUGGAUCUCCGACACAUCUCUGAGCUGAACAAUGAGACAGUGAUGGAGGUGGUGAGAAAUUGCCGGAACCUCAGCUCCCUCAACCUCUGCCUCAAUUGGAGCAUCAACGAUAGAUGUGUGGAAAUCAUUGCCAAAGAGGGAAGAAGUCUCAAAGAGCUGUACUUGGUUUCUUGCAAGAUCACAGACUAUGCAUUGAUAGCCAUUGGGCAGUACAGCAACACCAUAGAGACUGUAGAUGCAGGCUGGUGUAAGGAAAUCACAGACCAAGGAGCCACGCAGAUCGCUAAGAGCAGCAAGUCCCUGCGCUACCUGGGCCUGAUGAGGUGUGAUAAGGUGAACGAGGAGACAGUGGAGAGACUGGUCGUGCAGUACCCACACAUCGUGUUCAGCACAGUGAUGCAGGACUGUAAGCGAACUCUGGAGAGGGCCUAUCAGAUGGGCUGGAGCCCCAACACGUCCACUGCAUCCUAGCUAUCUCUCUCUCACACACACACACACACACACACACACACACCUAUAUUCAGUCAUAUCAGUGAAGAUGAACUGCUGUUUGCCUUCCUUGUCAGCACAGCUGGUUGAAUUUCAGAGCAUUAACAUUGUGCUGGUACAAUUUCAAUGGGCUAGUAUCGAUUUGUUUGGAAUUGACUUUAUUAUUAACUCUUUUUUUCCUUUGAAAAACUAUUAUCAUAAGCAGAUGUUGAUAUUUCCAGACUUUAGUCAUCCAAAACAAACAUCUUGCUAGCACAUGCUCAUCCUUUUUCAUGCAACUGUGUGCAAUCCGAGCAUUAGUGUCUGAGGAGUAGUUUAUCUUUUGGGAGUUUUAUUUGUGUUCAUCACAACAACUCAUGUACUGUUGAACACCCACCAUAUUCUUCCAGAGUUUUAGUCCAUGAUUUAUGACAAUGAACUCAUAGAAAUGUCACCUUGAAGUUUACUAACAGCAGUCAAGUCAUUACUUUACUACACAGAUUUUUUUAGUAAAGUUUUGAACACUUAUUCUGUUAUUGUCCUAAUCUUAUAGAUGAAAACGAUUUCUUUAUUGUGGACCUGACUCAUUAAGAAUAUCGUACCUUUUAUGGUACUUUUGUUUCCGAGCGUUUCAGUCCAGUGAAGUAGGCAACCUCAUCGCAUAUAAAUCUAACUCAGUCUUGGUAGUAGAAGCAGAAUAUUGGGCUUGUGAUAUAUCCAGGAUUCUAGAGAGUGUUAUGGAAAAGACUCGAUGUGUUAUGUUAAAACCUUCUAUUCUUCUUUCCUUUCAAAAAUAAUGUUGUUUAACCCUUGUGAUAUUGUACACUGUGGUUUGAAGUUUGUUUUGGCUGUUCAAUGAGAACUUUUGGAGAAAAAAAAACAAAAAAACAAGGGUUCUUCAGUAUGGAAUUUUACAUAAACUUUUAUUCAUAUCA